CUGUCGGUGUUCAUUUCCUAGCAGAGUUCCUAUCAGGCUUUUUAAAACGACUAAAUCGUAUGCAUUUUGAUGGCGCUGACUCCCAAGCGAGUUUAGGAUUGUAGUCUUGUGUUGUAGAGGGGCUGUUUAUAGUGCAAUCCUGCACACAUCAAAUCAGAGGUAAAGCUAUUGAUGGCUGCUCCUGCUAGUUUAAGCUUCCUUGCUGUACAAGUUUAUGCCGCUGCUCCUGAGAAUGAUGCAUCUAAAAAGAACUUACUGAAAGUUGAUGAGCUUUCACUCUAUACUAGUCCAUCACCAAAAUCAAAGUAUGUGGAAGAUACGCAUACACAGUUGGAGGAAGGUAUCUGUUAUGUGCGGCAAUCUUUGGAGCCAUACACAGCCUGGUUUCAGGGUUUUUCUGACAAAGCCAUGCCCAAAGUAGAAAAAGCAGCUGAAUAUGGCAGAGAAGGCUACGAACUUCUCAAAAGCCCACCUCCAGGAUUUUAUCCAAGGCUUGGUGUCAUAGGUUUUGCUGGUAUUGUUGGCUUGUUUGUGGCUAGAGGUUCCAAAAUAAAGAGGUUGGUGUAUCCAGCAAGCUUCAUGGGGAUUGGUGCCGCUCUCUACUACCCGCAGCAAGCCAUUACCCUUGCCAAGGUAACUGGUUCUCAGCUGUACGACUGGAGUCUCCAAGCCUACAUAAAUAUAGAAUCUCUCUGGAAAGAUCCUCCCAAAAAGAAAAAAUCUGCAAAAGCCAGUGACAAGGGUGAUGCAGAUAGUGACAAAACAGCAAAAGUACAAGAAGAAAAAGCAAUAAAAUAGAAUUGUCUAUGGCUUCUCAAUGAACAGAUGGAUUGAGAGCCUGCAGGAGAUCAACACCUUUCUAAAAAAAGAACAGAAUCUGUGUUGACUAUGAGUACAUUUUGUCUGUGGUUUGGCUCAACAAGAACAAGACUUACAAUCUGUUUGAAAGCACCGUAUCUGGAUCUGAAGGGACACAGUCCUGUUAUUUGCCAGCUUUGGACUUUAGGUCAGAGUUCAGCAAGAUUACUCAUAGAUUUUGUCAGGACCUCAGUCUACGUCUGCAACCCUGAGCCCUGCUUACAAGGAAGUACUGGACUUAAUGGGACUUAAUUCUAAAUAAUUGCUUAGAAGUGUCCUGCAAGUUGAGUCUCAGAACUCCUCUGUCUGUUGUUACUAUUUAUAGGCUUAAUUAAAAUGAAUGCCUGAUUCCCC